GCCACGACGUUCUCUGUAUUCCAUUGUAUCCAAGUGCAGCAGCAGCAGCAGCAGCAGCAGCUCUCUCUCCAUCUAUCUUUAAACAAGAUGUCAGGCCAGGAGGAAGGUGCAGCUGCAACGCUGAGAUAUUCAGACGCAAAGUUCUCAGUUGUGGACUACACGAUGUUCAGCCUGAUGCUUGUCGUGUCAGUUGGUAUUGGUGUGUACUGCGCCAUAAAGAGUCGACACAACACGACGACGCAGGAAUACUUGCUGGGUAGCAGGAAAAUGUCCCCUUGGCCUGUAUCUCUCUCUCUCCUUGGUGGAUUCAUUUCUGCUAUAUCUAUAUUAGGUAAUGCCACGGAGGUGUACUUGUAUGGUACACAACUGUGUGUUAUGUUGUUGGGCCUCAUCCCUGGAUGUGUUCUUGUGUAUCACGUUAUCAUACCUGUCUUCUACAACCUCAAAAUUGUUUCAGUCAGUGAGUACAUAGAAAAACGCUUCAAGUCGUCAGCACUACGUAAACUGCUGACAGUGUGUCAGCUGCUGAUGAAGUUCUUCUACAUGGGAAUCUGCUUAUACACACCAUCUCUGGCUUUAUCCACCGUCACCAAUCUGACAACCACAGCAUCGAUGGCCAUUAUGGGUGCUGUAUGUACAGUGUACAUAACCAUUGGCGGCGUGAAGGCCGUGGUGUACACAGACGUGAUGCAGACACUACUCAUGUUCGGCGGGGUGCUGCUGGUGGUCAUCAUCAGCUGCAUUGAUCUAGGUGGCGUUGGCAACAUUUGGGCUGAAGCUGAAAAAGGCUCCCGAAUUGAGUUUUUCAAGUGAGAUGGUGUGAUAGCUUAAAAAUAUUGCAUUUCUACAAUUCUGCUUCCAAAACAACCACUGAUAGUCAUUUCAACCAAAGAUUUCCAAUUGCAUAAUGUUGUACGUUUUAUAAUGGAACUCACAUAUAUCAUUGUAAGAAAUGCCAAAUGUAAAUCUGUGUAAAAAGUCUCAAGCACUGCUGAUCAGUACUUCAAGUAAAUUCUUAUAUUAGUGUGUGACAUAUCCUGCAGUGUAGACCAUUAUGAUUAAUUGCAUUGACUUACUGGUUGCUGGGUUUAUCACUGCGUAUAAAAAUUCUUACUGACCUUGUGCGAUAUAUGACAAUAAACAUCUUCAACUCUUCGCUAUA